AGCGCAGGAUCCCUGGGAAGGACGCCCGACUCCUUAGACGCUGGGAAGUGGUAUAACCCUGAAACCCACUGCAUGCUUCCAAGUCUAGAGAACACAAACACACUUUCAGUGUUGGUGUCAUUUGAAGAUGUGGCUGUGGACAUUACCCAGGAGGAAUGGCAGAAGAUGGACAAUACUCAGAGGACCCUGUACAGGGAUGUGAUGCUUGAGACAUAUAGCAAUCUGCUGUCCGUGGGGUACCACAUAACAAAACCUGAUGUGAUCUUCAAGUUGGAACAAGAAUCAGUAGCAUGGACUAUAGAAAAAUCUGUACACCAGCAACUUCCAGAUCUUUACAGAAAGAAUGAGCUGCUUGGAACUAAUCAGGAAAAUCAAGAAACCACUUUCAGGAAGCCUGAUGAAAUGUCACUUGGGAAAAAGCAUGCCUGUAAUGUACCUGAGAACAAACUCCAAUGUGGGGAAAAUCUCAUUCAGCAUGACAAGAUGUACACUUGUAAGCAAUCUUUUGAACACAAUGGGAAAGAAAAAACUUUUAGAAGGAAGUUGUUCCUUAAGUGUGAGAAAAUUUGUAUCAAAGACUCAUGUAAUGACCCUGUCAUUGUAGGAGAAACAAUUCAGGUUGACAAGAAAAUGUUCCACAGCAAUCCUUACUUUGGCAAGCAUCAACAAACACACUCAGGAAAGAAACUCCAUGAACCUUUCAAGAGUCAGAAAUGUCCUAUUUAUGAAAGAGAUCUCAAAAUAAAUCAGAUCAUGCAAACAGCGAAAAGUCACUAUAAAUGUGGCUACUGCAAACAGUCUUUUAACUGUAAUUCUAGCUUUACCACCAAACAGAGAAGUGACAUAGGAGAAAAUUUCUGUGUGUGCAAUAAAUGUGAAAAAAACAUUUACCAGAAGUCAGAAUUCACUAGAGAUAAAAUGCUUCCCACUGAGGAGAAACCAUAUGCAUGUAAUGAACUUGUAAAAUCAUUUUGUGCUCAAUCAGGUCUCCUUACACAUCAGAGAAUUCACACAGGGCGAAAACCUUAUAAGUGUACUGUGUGUGGAAAAGCCUUUCGUAAGCCAUCACUUCUCAUUAUACAUCAGAGAACUCACACAGGGGAGAAACCUUACAAUUGUAAUGAAUGUGGGAAAACUUUUUGUCAGAAGUCAUCCCUGAUCAUGCAUCAGAGAAUCCACACAGGAGAAAAACCUCAUAAGUGUGGUGAGUAUGGAGAAGCUUUUUAUCAGAAGUCACACCUAACCAUGCAUCAAAGAAUCCACACAGGGGGAAAACCUUAUAAAUGUAGUGAGUGUGGAAAAGCCUUUUGCAAGCCAUCAUUUCUCAUUAAACAUCAGAGAAUUCACACAGGGGAAAAACCGUAUAAAUGUAGUGAAUGUGGAAAAACUUUUUGUCAAAAAUCAUCCCUAAUCAUGCAUCAGAAAACCCACACAGGGAAAAAACCUUAUAAGUGUAGUGAGUGUGGUAAAGCUUUUUGUUGGAAGUCACAUCUAAUCAUGCAUCAGAGAAUUCACACAGGGGAAAAAGCUUAUGAAUGUAAUGAAUGUGGAAAAGCUUUUUGCCAGCAGUCAGGUCUCAUUGUACAUCGGAGAAUUCACACAGGGGAAAAACCUUAUAAAUGUAGUGAAUGUAGUAAGGCUUUUUGUUACAAGCCAUCCUUAAAAGCACAUCAGAGAACCCACACAGGAGAAAAAGCUUAUGAAUGUAGUGAAUGUGGGAAAGCUUUUUGUCAAAAGUCACAACUAAUCAUACACCAGAAAAUCCACACAGAAGAACAAGCUUAUGAAUGUAAUGAAUGUGGAAAAAGAUUUUGCCAGCAUUCAGGUCUCAUUAAACAUCAGAGAAUUCAUACAGGGGAAAAACCUUAUGAUUGUAAUGAAUGUGGGAAAGCUUUUUGUCAAAAGUCAUCUCUAAUCAUACAUCAGAGAACCCACACAGGAGAAAAACCUUAUAAGUGUAGUGAGUGUGGUAAAGCUUUUUGUCGGAAGUCAAAUCUAAUCAUACAUCAGAGAACCCACACAGGAGAAAAACCUUAUAAGUGUAGUGAAUGUGGUAAAGCUUUUUGUCGGAAGUCAAAUCUAAUCAUGCAUCAGAGAAUUCACACAGGGGAAAAAGCUUAUGAAUGUAGUGAAUGUGGAAAAGCUUUUUGCCAGCAGUCAGGUCUCAUUGUGCAUCAGAGAAUUCACACAGGGGAAAAACCUUAUAAAUGUAGUGAAUGUGGUAAGGCUUUUUGUUACAAGCCAUCCUUAAAUGCACAUCAGAGAACCCACACAGGGGAAAAAGCUUAUGAAUGUAGUGAAUGUGGGAAAGCUUUUUGCCAGCAGUCAGGGCUCAUUAGACAUCAGAGAAUCCACACAGGGGAAAAACCCUAUGAAUGUAGUGAGUGUGGAAAAUCCUUUCGCCAGCAGUCAGUUCUCAUUAGACAUCAGAGGAUCCACACGGGAGAAAAACCUUAUAAAUGUAGUGAGUGUGAAAAAGCUUUUUGUCGAAAGUCAUACCUAAUAAUACAUGAGAGAAUUCACACAGGGGAAAGACCUUAUAAAUGUAGUGAUUGUGAAAAAGCUUUUUACCAAAAGUCAUCCCUAAACAUACAUCAGAGAGUCCACACAGGGAAAAAACCUUAUGAAUGUAUUGAGUGUGGGAAAGCAUUUUGCCAUAAAUCAGACCUAAUGAAUCAUCAUAGAGUUCACACAAGAGAGAAACUUUUUCAAUAUGAUGAGUAUGAAAAAUCUUUUUGCUAGCAUAGAGUUAUUACAUAAACCAAUUCUCAUGCUUAAACAAGUGUUGAAAACUGAUACAAAAAACAUUGAUUGCAAAAGAAAGCAAAUACUGACAUGG